CCAACAAUCACCAGCCAAAGUGUGUAAUGAAGACAAGGCAAGCGAUGUAAUGGACUGGACCCUGGGAAGAAAAGCAUGGAUGACCAGCUUGAUCCAUGACGACUUGUCUGUCUGAGUGGAUCUGGCCGUCGUGCCAGGCGUCAGGCAGGUACUACAAACUGCCCACAUUGUGUACGAGAAAAGAAAGGGAAAGAAAAUAAAAUAAAAUAAAAGGCGGCAUGGUUAUUUCAACCAGGGCGAACUGAUCAGGAGGUUUGCUUUUUUUUAUUCUUCCCUCGCACUGUGGCAGUCUUGCCGCCUGCCUGCCUAUACUUGGUAACAAUGGCCGUUACCAGUAACCAACAACUUAUCUUCUGCUCUAGAUCUCGUAUUACCUGGGAUCAGCAUCACUUUAUCGAUCUCGCUAUUUACCGUCUGAUCCGAUGCUUAUUAACAACCAAUUUUCUAUUUACAUUUGACCUACCAUACAUUGUAGUGGUGAUUCUUCAGAAAGUUGAAGCUUUCGGGAAUCCCGAAGCGAAGCCGGGUACACACUGCACAGUAACAAACAACAUCAAGAAAACCCCAGAUAAUCCGGAACAUAGUCCCUGAUUAAGACGACAAUGGUGAGCAAACUAAUAAACCAGCGUUCAAUCAGGUGGGUAGCGUAUGACUAGUCUAGUGAUGGUGCUAGCAUCUUCGAUCCCGGCCACGCUUCAGC